CGCUGGUUCAUUUGAGGAGUAUAUCAACGAUCAAAUCAAACGAUCCAUACAACAAUCUUGAAUUUUUUCUUGAUCCAACAACCUUGAAUUUUUUCUUCAACGAUCGAACAAGAUCUAAUUACACUCUAAUUGUACUUAGGUUUUCUCUACAAUUCUUACAUAAAACAGUGCUUUUCCUUUGAAAUUUUUUCCCGUUACUCGGUUUAAUUUUUCGUUACUUCGUUACUUGUUACUUCGUUACACCGGUGGCUAUUUAAAGUUAUAACGUCAGUUUUUUUAAUAAAGCGUUUGCGAUUGGUCUGAUGCUGACAGAUUGAAACUGCAUUUUCUUGUACUUUUAAAUCAACUCUCUCUAGCUUUUUAAUUCCUUCUGUCCGAAGUGGGGCUCCGUGAUUGUGAUCAUAAAUGAGAGCAGAGACGGACACAAAGACAAGGAAGACAUAUACUGGGGAUAACACAAGAAACACCUAGGUCUUGUCCGUGAAUACACUUCAGUGGUGAUCUCAAGCAUCGAGCAGCACCGACAGAUGUGAAAAGAGAAACGAAACAUUAAGUUACCUUAGUCAAAAGUGAUACCAGACGACAGAGUCAGUGGAAACAGACUUGUGCAGUUGGAGAUUCAACGGACAAAGUUUUAUGACCUUUUGACUUCGGUGCCAGUUCCACGCUUCUACAGAAAUAAAUAGAAGGAAAGGAAGAGCGACUUAAGAAUGCCAGGAUAUCGUUUAGCAAGUUUGGACAAGAAAACCAUUGAUGACAAGUACUUUUGCAGCUCCUGUGAGCUGCUGUUAAGAGAGGCCAUGCAGACAAGCUGUGGACAUUUUUAUUGCCAGUCCUGUUUAGCAAAUCUCAUUCAAGAUCAAGUAACUGUUGUGAUGAUCUGUCUAAAGGAUGGAAAGAGUCUUCGUCCAAACGAGGUUUUUGCAGACAAGUUUAUGCGUCGUGAAAUACUUGCCAUUGUCGUUCACUGUACCUUUAAGGAUGAUGGGUGUAUCUGGAAAGGAGAAGUGAGACAUUUGGAGAAUCACACCAACAGUUGCGAGUUCCUGAAAAUACCUUGCGUGCAUCCUGAGUGUGGCGUCCUGGUGAAAAAAGCUGAUCUAACUCGUCACUUGGAAAGUGAAUGCUUGUAUCGACUGGAGAAGUGCGACCUUUGCCAGAGAAAAAUAGUGUUAUCGAGGAUGAAGAAUCACACCAACAGUUGCGAGUUCCUGAAAAUACCUUGCGUGCAUCCUGAGUGUGGCGUCCUGGUGAAAAAAGCUGAUCUAACUCGUCACUUGGAAAGUGAAUGCUUGUAUCGACUGGAGAAGUGCGACCUUUGCCAGAGAAAAAUAGUGUUAUCGAGGAUGAAGCAACAUCAAGAAACAGAAUGCCCAGCAUAUCCAGUUGCGUGUGAUAAAUGUAGUAAAGAGGGCAUUCAUCGUGGAAAGCUGGCAGAUCACCAGAACCCUAUUUUGGGCGACUGUGAAGGAGUGCAGGGUCCCUGUCCAUUUUCACAAAUUGGCUGCUACAAAGUGGAGAUUCUCAGCCAAAAGGAAAAGAAAGAGCAUCUGGAACAAGCCAAUGCCCACCACAACGUUCUACUCCUACAAUUUGCGCUUCGAUUGGGGAAAGAAUUUGAAACAGUGUUGACACGCGAUCCAAGGGUAAUGUCCAGAAGUCCUCAGCUCUUGACAAAUUACGACAGUGUGAUUGCCGAUAUUCUCGCUCAAGUUCAAACCCAAGCAGGUGAAACCGGGAAUCUACGUGAAAAAUGUCGAGAGCACAGCGAAAGAAUCACCGCCUUGGAAAGAAAAGUGGCUUCAGGGAAUGUGCCAGUGUUCAGGGCUGAUCGUUGCUUGUGGAGACGCAGUAGCUUAGUUACCGGUGCAAAAAAGCCGUUAUCUAGCAAUGUGUUGUGUUUUUGGGCGAAAUCACUUAACUCCCUGUUGCCACUCUCCUCCCAAGAGUAUAUGGGUUUCAGAAAACCUGACAAAAACGCUAGAUUAGGGACCAAUGAUGAACAGAAUGUUACAAAAAGGCAAGAUAAUUGUCUAGUUGUACUUUAUUGCGAUCGAUCCACCAGUCGGGAAAGCUAG